AUGUUUCCGGACUACCCAAAGCAGAAACUAGGAGACCCACAUGCAGGCUUCCGUCCAUACGCCGAUGCAGGCUCAACGGUGCUGGCUACCAUUCCUCUGGAGACACUCAAACCUGCCAUCUGGUUUUCUAAUGCCGAAGCUUGUCGCCAGAUUCUGGACUUGCACGAGACACGGUUUCGGAAAGAUAUGAAAGGAUAUGAACUACUAUUAUUUCUGGGACCAAACGUUGUCGCUAGCGAGGGAGCGCUUUGGAAAAAGCACCGACGAGCUGUCAGGGCGUCAUUCAGUGAGAAAGCGUACGGAUUGGUAUGGGAUGAGUCGGGGCGCACGCUUGACGAGUGGUUUGACACGAUUCAGAACUCCGAAGAGCCUGAAGUCGAGGUUGAUACAGUCGCCUCUCUGAGCAAGGUUACACUGAAUAUAAUCUCAUCUGUUGGGUUUGGAGAACACUUUCCAUGGAACAACCCAAAGCAAACUGAAUCGAAUCGACUCCCUCUAUCAACUUCAGUUGUUGAGGCGGUUCCCUUGACAGUUUUGCGUGCGUUGCUUCCUAGCUGGGCAUAUCGUCUUCCGUUUCAGUCUUUUGCGAAAACGAAGUUGGCUUUUGAGGAGAUGGAGCGGAAUUUUGCUGAAAUAAUCAAAGCUACAAGCACUGAUGCAUUGGAUGGUUCUCAUAAAAGGGGAGCUGAGCAAGGGGAUAUACUUCGGGGGUUGAUACAAGCCAACGAAACGGCGAAUGAUGAACAGAGACUUUCCGACCGUGAAGUCCUGGCAGAUAUAUACAUUCUCUUGCUCGCUGGACAUGACAGCACAUCGCAUACAGUCGCAUUCAUUACCGCGAUAUUUGCACUCUAUCCCGAUAUUCAUGCUCGGGUGCGCAAGGAAGCCGACGAUAUUUGGCCAGGUGCACACACCGACCCCACAAAGAGGAAACGCUCAGUAUACAAGGAUGAUUUUCCCCGUUUGGCCUACACUCAGGCAGUUUUUCACGAAGCCCUUCGCCAUUUUCCACCGGUAUCGGUAUUUCCCCGUAUAGUUGGCGAGGACACGAUUUUACCUGGGACCAAGCGUGGCACCUCCAAGUCAACAGACUAUGAAUUCAAUGAAUCGUUUGAUGUCCCCCUAUCAAUAGGUGACCUCGUGGUCCCAGAUGUUUAUGCUCUCCAUAUGAAUCCUCACUACUGGGGUGCUAGUGCAGCAGACUUUGAUCCGACGCGGUUCCUCAUUCCGGAUUGGCCAAAGCACGCAUUUAUGCCUUUUGCAAGUGGUCCACGAGCGUGUCUAGGGCGCGGGUUCGCAACAGCCGAAGCAGCACGCAUUAUCGCCACACUUGCGCAAGAUUGGGACUUACGGUGUACAAACGACUUGAUGAAUAUCCCAUGGGAAGCCCGUAAAGAGCGACUACUACAAUGGCGACAGGAAGUUACUAUGACUCCAGUCGAUAUCAAGCUCAUGUUCAAGAAACGGACUGGAGAUAUGUAG